CUUUCAUUGUGAUUUGUUACGCAAGAAUUAUAUAUAUAUAGUGUUACUGUGAUAACAAAAAAGCUGUAGAGAAAAAGAGAAUGGAAAGAGUGUUUUCAAUUGCAGAAAUCACUGAACAAUAUUGGUUAACAUCUAAGGCUUGUAAAGAAGGAGAAUCAAAGAUGAAUAGAAGUGAUUCUGAAUGGGCUUUUCAACAGUUUCUUCAGCAACAAGAACAAGAAGCUGCUGCUAAUACUUCUCAUGCAAAGCCUUGUUCUUCUUCAACUUCAACUUCUUCUUCCAACGUUGAUCUCAAACUCAAUAUCAAUAACAAUAAUAACAAUAAUAAUAAUAUCAAUAAUUCAGAAGAUUACCAAGCUUUUCUCAAAACCAAACUUGAACUCGCCUGCGCCGCAUUCGCCAUGUCUCGGGGAUCUUUGGUGAAAUCUCAGGAACCUGACAAUGGAUCACAUGCACCUGAUGCUUCUGAACAUGGACCUAUUCCUGCUUUAAAAGGUUUGCAGAAUAAAGAUGUGCAGAAGAAGCCUGUUGUUUCAAUCAGGUCAACAACAAGUGGUUCAUCAGAUGAUGAGGAAGCUGAGGGAGAGAUUAAUAUGAAUGGUGACACGAAUCCUUCUGAUGCAAAAAGAGUAAGAAGGAUGCUUUCUAAUAGGGAGUCUGCUAGACGUUCGAGACGAAGAAAGCAAGCUCAUUUAUCUGAGCUUGAAACACAGGUCUCUCAAUUAAGAGGUGAAAACACUUCACUGUCUAAGAGUUUAACAGAUGUGUCUCAAAAAUACAAUGAUUCUGCUGUUGACAACAGAAUAUUAAAAGCUGAUGUUGAAAGAUUGAGGGCACAGGUGAAGAUGGCUGAAGAGACGGUUAAAAGAUUUACCGGAUUGAAUCCAAUGAUGUUUAAUGAAAUGUCUGAGAUAUCAACAAUGGGAAUGGGAAUGUCAUUAUUUGAUGGAAGCCCUUCUGAGUCAUCAGCUGAUGCAUCUGUGCCUGAAGGUUCAAAUAAUCACUUUUGUCAACCAGCUUCUAGUAAUCUUAUGCCUGCAAGUCAUAAUAUAAGAGGAGUCAAUAAUGGAUUGGGAGGCAUUGUUUCUUCAGCUGAAAGUAUGCAGAAGAACACUGCAGCAGGGAACAAGAUAGGCCGAACAAACUCCUUGCCGCGAGUGGCUAGCUUGGAACAUCUUCAGAAUCGGAUUCGCGGUGGUGCUGAUGAAGAGAAGUGAUUGAGUAGUUUAAUUUAAGUGAUGUUUUCAGGAACAUGUUAUUCUGAAACAACAUUUUGCGUGUGAUGUUUUGUAAGUAAAGUUCUAUUCUUGUUGACUGUUGAGCUAGUCUAAUUGAUUUAACUGUGAUUGAGAGUUAGGAAUUAGGAUAGCAAACAGGCCUUAAAGAAAACAAAUUCUCCAAGAAAUAUGUUUGGAACAUAUAUUGUUAACUUUGUAAAUGGUUUUUAUGUUUCUUGAUUUAUCUUGAAUGAAAAUGUUUACUCUUAA